AUAAUAGGAUAGGAGACCGAGGGAAAACGAAAAAUGUGUGAUGGAAAGUUACCGCGAUGAAACCGGAGUUGACCUAUGUUAGCUAUUCAAAAUGGUAUUUUAGCAUCGCAGGCGUCCGAACAGUGUUACAUCCUCGAGCUCACACGUAUAAAUCUGCGCCAGGGCUGGUCAAGUGUACAUUUAUUUUUUUUGAUACAAAUUGGACAAGAAAAAUGCUGUGUUCUAUUCUAAGAGCAUCCAGGAGGAGUUUCUCAAAAUUUGCACGAUUACUAUCUGAAGAAAACCUCUGGGCCCGGGAACAGAGUCAGGAACCGAGUCAUUGUAUUAAUUCAAAAGACUUUGGAGUAUGGGAAAACAGGAUUGAAGAACCAAUUUUAUUGCAGCAAAGCAUAAAGCAUGGAAUACCGAUUCCGAAAAUCUCUCUUGAAAUGGUCGGGUAUGCCUCAUCGGAUGGGAGAAAAAGCGUUAAUGAGGACAGAAUUCGAAUUCAUGAACUACAGCCAAACCUUUUGUACUUUGGGAUAUUUGAUGGGCAUGGUGGCACGUUGGCAGCAGACUAUACUCACAAUAAUUUAGAACACCACAUUGCUUAUUGGCUCUCAAGGGAACCUGAUUUGCAGGUUGUCCUAAGAAACGCAUAUAUUGACCUCAAUAAUAAGUUUAUGAGACAUCUCAUUUUGGAGAGUGAAAAUCCGUCAUCUAACUCUGGUACAACUGCAACUGUUGGUUUGCUACGCAAUGGAAAUGAGCUUGUGUUAAGCCACGUUGGUGAUACACGGUUAACGUUAUGUCGUAAAGGCAAAGCCAUUCGCUUGAGCAAGGACCACGAGCCGGAGGUGCCUGAGGAACAGCAGCGAAUAAAAGCAUCAGGUGGAUUCAUCAGUUGUGACAGCAUUGGUAGGCCACUUGUGAAUGGCAUAUUAACAAUGAGCAGGAGUAUUGGAGACACACCUUUGAAACGGUAUGGAGUGACUGCUGUCCCACAGACAAAGUCAGUGGAGAUCAAACACAGCAAAGAUAGUUUCUUAAUUUUCACAACCGAUGGAGUACAUUUUGUGAUGACGGAUCAAGAGAUAUGCGAUGCGAUCAACCAGGUCGAUGACCCCCGCGAGGCAGCUCACUUCAUCGUAGACCAGGCAAUGCAGUUUGGAAGCGAUGAUAACGCGAGUGCUAUGGUGGUACCUCUGGGACAAUGGGGCAAUCAGGAAUAUUGCAACCCUAACUUCCAGUACAGUCUUAGAUGGAGAGGCAGAUCAAACUGUUAACGAAAUGGGUUCUAUGAAUCUCAAGUGACCCUCAAAUGACAAUCACAAAUUUUUUGUUUACUGAGA